AUGAAAAUCAUCGACAAAAUAUCAGCACAUGAUGGGCCUCACCCUUUCUAUUUCUUUGAGUUCUUUCCACCACGAACAGAUCAAGGAUUCGAGAACCUCCUUUCUCGGAUAUCCAGACUGUCAAAUUUGAGGCCUAUGGCAGUCAGCAUUACUUGGGGUGCCGGUGGAAGCACCAGAGAUCGUAGUCUGGACCUCGCUGGCUUGGCGCAAACAGAACACCAUAUUGACACCAUUCUUCACCUCACAUGUACAAAUAUGAUGCAAGGGAUGGUAGAUGAUGCCCUGGCAGCAGCAAAGAGUAGGAAGAUUGAAAACAUAUUGGCUUUGCGCGGCGAUCCACCAAGAGGGAAGGAGGAGUGGAUUCCCAUUGAUCCUCGUUUCCAACGCGGUGUUGAUCUUGUUUCCUACAUUCGUUCCUCGCCUCAAUUCUCAUCCCAAUUUUGCGUUGGCGUUGCCGCGUACCCCGAUCGACAUCCUGAUAGUCCUCAUAAUGAGGAUACUGAAAUGGAGUAUCUGAAAGCAAAAGUAGAUGCUGGCGUCGAUUUCAUUAUCACUCAGCUUUUCUACGAUGUAGACCAAUUCCUUCAGUGGGAGAAGAAAGUUAGGGCGAAAGGUAUCAGCGUCCCAAUCAUCCCUGGCAUCAUGCCGAUCCAAACUUAUUCAUCAUUCCUGCGGCUAAUCAAGCUUUGUGGCACAGAUGUGCCGUCGUUUAUCAUAUCGGAUCUGGAUCCCAUCAAGCAUGACGACCAACUCGUUAAAGAUUAUGGCGUCAAGCUAGCCGUCAAUAUGAUACGACGACUAACUUCUGAAGGAAAUGUUCCUGGCGUACACUUUAGCACCCUUAACCUUGAAAAGAGCGUACAGCGCGUCCUAGAGUCUUUGCAGUGGGCUGGUGCCGUGCCCUCAACUCACAAUAGAUUGAUUGAGCAAGACAUUCAUGAUGACGGUAGAUCUGUCACUCCAUCUUCAGCAAGCCGGGCGGCAAAAUAUGGAUUAGCUACCAUAUCCACCACCGACGGUGAGGCUGGUAGUGGAGAGCUGAACAAUGCCGCGACGUGGGAUGACUUCCCUAACGGUCGGUUCGGUGACUUCAAGAGUCCGGCAUAUGGCGACCAAGACCCGUAUGGAAACGUCGGAAAUAUAGUGAGUUACAAAACUACUUUUGGCCUUUGGAGGCACCCACGGACUAUAGAAGAUCUAACUGCAAUAUUCUUAGACCAUCUGCAUUCGAAGAUACCAACUACGCCAUUCUCUCCUACACCACUCUCUCCUGAAUCGCUGACGAUCCUUCCACAUUUAGAGAAACUUACAAACCGUGGUUGGUGGACGGUGGGAUCACAACCCGCCGUUGAUGGUGCGCCAUCGAGCGAUGAGGUAUUCGGAUGGGGUCCUCGUGCUGGGUUCGUAUUUCAGAAAGGAUUUGUGGAGUUCUUCUGCACUGAAGAUGAUCUGGACAUUAUCGAGAAGAAGGUCGCAGAUAACGGGAAGGGGUGGGUGCACUGGUUUGCUGGUAACUCGAAGGGGGACUAUCAAGGGAAUAUACCUGAUGAUGGGCGAAAUGCGGUAACUUGGGGUGUUUUCACGGGCCAAGAGAUCAUACAGACGACGAUUAUUGAACGUGAAUCAUUCCUUUCGUGGAAGGAUGAAGCCUUUUCGAUUUGGUCGGAAUGGGCUUCGCAUUACCGCCCGGGAUCUGAAGAGAGGUCCUUGCUGGAUUCGGUGAAAAAAGAAAGAUGGCUCGUCAGUAUCACCCAUCAUGACUAUAAGAACACGGAGGCCCUAUGGACAUUCUUAUCCGAUAUCGAAACAACGAGCACGUAA